GUCGGAGACAUAUCCGAAGCUGAGCUCGGUGACGUGCGAGGUAUGGCGGGGGUGUAGAAGAAGUCGCAGAGGACGCCGUGGGGGGCGAAGGAGCAGAGGUCGUCGGGGAAGAAGCGGCGCCAGGGGGUGCCUGGGCUGACGGAGUCGAGGAUGCGGUCGAAUUGCCUGCCCUUGCACGUCGUCGUCCACUCGAGGACGAUUUUGGCGGAGCUUGGGGAGGGGUAGUGCGGCGGCGGUGUGUAGGCGGUAAGGACCGGCGGCUGGCCGUAGGUGAAGGAGAAAUCGUGUUGGAGAAGGAGGUAGGAGCAUAGUGCGGUGGCAGUGAGCUGGAUUGGUUUGGUGAGGGAGGAGGAAGACCGAAGGUGAUGGUACGGUAGAGCUUGGCAGCGGAGAUGUUGGAGGGGGGAAUUUCUGUCAAAAAUUUGACGGAACCGUCCAAAAUUUGACCCGUUUUUAUUUGUGAGGGACCGAAUAAUUCAAAAGAUAAUGUUUUGGACCAAAAUCAAAAAAUCAGGACCAAAAUGGGACUUUAGUCUUCUUCAAAUUUGUAUAUUUGUUUGAAUUCAUUUUUAAAUGCCCCUGCUCAAUUAUUUAAUUAUUUGCUUAUACAUAAUUUCCCCCUCUUGAUUUUAAUUCUUGACUUCGCCCCUGAAUAGAGCUGCUAAGAAAUUGAAAUUGAAAAUGAGGAGAUUGAAACUUGGUGACGAGUUUUUGCUUGUUUCAGCUGAUUUUUAAUUUUUGGAUUUACCUAUUUAGAAAAUUUCAGUCGUAUUGACUUCAUUUUGUUCUUGUAUGUGAUUCCCGAUGCUAGAAAACGGAUGAACUUGUUCUGUUGGAAUUCAUUUUUCUUGGUUUAAUUUGUUGAUAUUCGUUCCUUUCUUGUUGUUGUGGUAAAUCCUUUUAUCUGUUUUGGGAAUCAGGCACUUAAUAUGUAAUUCAUGAAGUGAAUUCUAAUAUUUUAGUUUCAUUGUUUUAUGCGGGUUCUUUGAUGGAGGGAAAGGGAAGAUUCGGAACUAAAUAUGAAGAAAACAACGUACGGUCUGACUGCAGGCUGAGGAUUCAAGGAAUGUCAGACUUGUUCAUGCCCGAGUUAUUACAGCUAAAAUUCUGUAACUGCUGGUACAGUGUGUAGACAUCGCUUGGGAUGAUUUCUUCCUGGAUGAUGAUCGUACAGUGCCCCAUCAUCGUUCCAAGAGGCCUACUGAUCAUCUCACUCUAGGAGAAAACAACAAGAGAUGCCGCUGUGAAGUAGCUAUUGUUUCGAAUAAAACUGGAGGAUCUGCCACUAAUUAUGUUGAUCAUAGAAUGGAGAAGAGUGAAAUUUCACCUCUGAAUAAUACUAUGUUGGAGAACAAUUCAUGGUCUCCCAGAGGUCCAUUCAUUUCUGGAUCAGACAAUGAACUGCACAAAGAAGCAUCAAGUUUAGCUUGUGAUAGUACCACGCUGUUGCCUCAUGGCUUGAAGAGCAACAAUAGUGACUUAAAUAGUAGUGAACUGCUUAAGCACGAUGUGAUUCUCAAUGAAAACACCAGUCUAGUUGAUAACAGCCCAUUCAGUUUUCCGAUUGGUGAUGUAAAUCAUACUGGCAAUGAUCAUAGUUUCUUUGAACAUGCUCAGAACAAAGAUUCUAGUGAUCUCCUGUAUGGUGGUUGGUCUGAAAUAGAGAACUUUGAUGAUAUCGACAGGAUAUUUAGAAGCGAUUCAACGUUGGGCCUUGGGGUGUGUAAAGAAGAUGAGUUGAGUUGGUUAUCAUCAGCAGUUUAUAUAGGUGGGCCCGGGGAUGCUCUAAAGUCAGAUGCUGAGUUCCCAUUUCCUGAUCCAAGUAAGGUGAAAACUCUUUCAGAGAAUCGUGACUUCUCAAACGGGAACUCCCCAAAUAAUUUUCCCAUGACAGAUACACCCAUUAGAUACAAGGACUGUUCUUGGAACACGGAAAAUUCUGAUUCUUAUACGUCUUUUUUGACUGGGGCUGAAACUGAGGAUAGCAAAGAUGGGUUCGUCCCCCCGGAGCAGGGAAAAGGAUCCAAUGCUAAUACACAGCCCGGAAUUUCAACUAGCAGCCAUUCCAGAACAGGCAAUCAUGCAGUGACCAGUGAGCACAAAAAACAGAUCAAGCCCCAGAGUCAAUCUGAGGGUAAAGAGCAUUACCUUGAAAAUGGCCUUCCUCAGAUCAGUGAUCUGCAAAAGGAAAUCAUGAAGCCCUAUUCUGGCUUGACUUCAGACGAGGCUUUGAUUCACAUGCAUCAACAGUCGCAUACUCCGGCUUCUGAUUCAGGUAGCUGUUUAGAGAAUCCAAUCUCUAGCAUCCAUAUAAAGGACAGUCAUGUGUCUGAUCCAUCUUCUGUAAAUCUGGAUCAAUCGAUGGUCAAAUCUGAGACCAGUGAUUUGGAAUCCAUUUCUUCAAGGGAAUCCCACCUAGCAUCGCGCCAAUUGCAAUAUAUGGAUGGUUUUCCCGGCCCUCCUUUUAAGGAGCCUGCUUUAGUACAAUGUGGACGAAGAGAGAAACUGGAGAGUUGUCGAGGUAAUCUUCCUGUGGAACUUGCCAGCCUCAGAAAUGGAAGUGUGGCCAUGCAGGCCACGAUCUCUGAUCCUGGCUUAGUAGGGAAAUAUGAGAAUCACUGUGAUCUUCAAGGAGCCAGCUCGGUUACUGCAACAGAAAUGGGUUCCUCGAAUAUGCAAGAAAGCUCAACAAUUGUUCCAGAUUUGGAUGAUAUUUCACUGGAAGCAGCUAGUUUUCGUCAGCUCCAACUUGUUAUCAAACAGAUGGACUUGAGGACAAAGUUAUGCAUAAAGGACAGUUUGUACCGUUUGGCUCAGAGUGCUGAACAAAGACGCAGGAAUCCGAACCUCAACGAUAGCUUUGGAGAUGAAAGAGAUGCUGGUGGAGCAUCUGAGGCUGAAGGAACAAAUAGGUGCGCCAGUUACAUGGAUAUAGAAACAGAUACGAACCCUAUAGAUCGCUCCGUAGCACACUUACUCUUUCACAGGCCUGCAGAUUCAUCUACCACUCCUGCCCGCAGCUCAUUUAGUUUGAAGUCGUCCAGUAUGGUUAAUGGGUCUACUGCAAGUCUGCCUGUAUCGUCCGACAGUUUGGCGAGCAAAGAAAAGGUGUCAGAGGUGUAGAAGGAGCAUACGGCGGCUGAGAGAAUGUAAAUUAUCUUGCCUCAAGUGAAGUUAGAAAGUGCCUUAGAUUUCCUCAUAUUUUGUUGUAAUACCCCUACCAUGAUUGUGUGCUUGUAUCUGUGUUUUUUUCUUUCUAUGAAAAAUAAUUUGUUGUGCUAA